AUGGCACAGAAAACUAACUCCCCCCCCCUUUAAAUUGAAACAAAAAAAUUUUGUUUCAAUUUAUUAUAAAAAAAUUUAUAUAUAAAAAUUUUUUCAGAGAUAAAAUUUUAUAGAAAAUAAAUUAUAUAAAUUUAAAGAGACAAUAAAUUGAGUAAAUUAUAUUUAAUAACAUUAUAAUUUUAUGACAAUGCCUAUGUUUGAAGCAUAUUAAAUAGGAUAUUAACGUAUUUACAUAUAAAAUAAUGAUUUUUACCUAUAAAAUUUUCUAUUAUAAUAAAAUUUUUUGUUUCAAUUUUAAGGGGGGGUAAUUUCCCAAAAAAGUAGGAAUUUUACUUAUAUUUUGUUUCAAUUUAAAGGGGGGGGGAGUAAGAAUGCAGCACUGAAAUCCUGGGAUGAGUUUCUCAAACUCCAGGACGACUAUGAGACAAAAAUGGAGAAACUCCGUGAGUCUCAGCUUGGAUUAAUUUCUCCUCAAAGCCAGCGUCCACUGUAAGAUUAACUUAGAGCAUGAGUCCAUAUGAUUAAUCCUGAAUUUGCAGGAGAAACAAUUGAUUAUUUUCAAAGCGCCAAAUCGCAAGAGCUCAAUGAUUUGCCGAACGGUAACAAAGCCUUUGAUGAUUCACAAAAUGUGUGAACCGGCCCUUUGGCUUCUCUGAAAACUCCAGACAGAGAAGAAAAGAUCUCAAGAAUUAUCAAUAUUUUUAUUAACAAAAGGCCAGAUAUAGGGUAUGCAUAUGGAAUGAAGAAUAUUGCUGCAGUUUUAGUCGUUAUUUUUACUGUGGAAAGUGAUGCAUUUGUGAUUUUCGCCCACAUAAUUGAAAAUGUCUUUCCGGAAGUAUGAAUCAUAUAGGGUUAUUUUCAAAAUACAAAUAGAAAGCUAGCAAAACAUAAAGAGCUCAGAAUAUUCGAGCUUAUGGCUGAAAAAAUGCGGCCAAAGCUUUUAGUUUCGCUAAAAGCAGUUUUCAAGCCAUCGGGCAGAAAUGUAAAGGAACAAGACAUAACUCCAUUCAUUUUGACUAUGAAAAGGCUUGGGGAUGUCUGAUUUUCUACUCUUUUUUCCACAAUUUUAUUUCAAUCUGAUUUGCUCCGGAUCUGAGACAACAUGUUUAUAUACGGCUUCUCAUUUCUCCAAAAAUUUGGGCUUGUUCUCUUAAGCAAGCACGAAGGCACCUUAAAAAAUCAUAUAAAAAGAGAAACAAAAUCCCUAGGCAUCGGAGCCACCGUUGACUCUUUAAUUAUUGCUGGAAAUGCAGGAAAAAACAAACUCAAUGCAAAUCCAAUAAAACUGCCUAUAGAAAAACUAUUAAAAAAAGCCCACACAAAGCCAAGAUAUAAAGAAUUAAAAAGCAGCCUUUACAAUGAAAAUGCCCAAAGAAUCGAAAGCGACCAUCUAGAAAGGCUGCACAAGCUGAGAGAAUGCAAAAGGUUUUUAAGGGGAAAAGGGCAAACAUUUGCAUAUAAUGAAGCUCUUGAUGCGUUUAGGGUGUUAAACUCGAUACAGAGGGAUGGAAAAGUGUCAAGGACUGACUUUAUUUUGUCGAAUGACAAGUUUAAAUGGACAACUGAAACCGCUGUAUCUGUUUUUUCUACAUUUGACCAGAAUGGAGAGGAUAAAAUCAGUUUGAACCAUUUAAAAGGUGGAUUGGCAGUGCUUGCAGAAAUAAUUUUGGAGCAGAAACUUGAGCUGCUGUUUUUUGCGUUUGAUAGAGACCACUCAGGGAUGCUCGACCCAGGUGAAAUAAUAAAUCUUAUGUCUGCAGUUGAGAUAAUUCUUGAUGAAAAAUCUAAUACUUUUUAUAGAGUUUCUACACCUUUGUAUUCAAGAAUGGACAGAAACCAAGAUGGAAGAGUUGUUUUAUACUGAAUUUAUUUAAUUUUAUGAUAAUUAUUAUAUAAAAUUUCUUAUUUCUAAUAACAAAUAUUAUAAGCACCUUAAAAAUUUUUUUAUUAUAUUAAUAAACCCUCUCUAUAAGCGAAUUUAUCAAAUGUGUAAAGGACGACUCCGCCUGUGCCCCAAUUCUCGACUUUAUCGCUGCCAUAGAAUCAGAGCUUGACAUCAAUGUGAAAGCUUUAGGGCUUAUAGAAAAUGGCGAAGAUGGCAGCUACAGUGACAUCCACUCUCCAAUGCGGAGAUCUCAAGAUGGCUCCUCAAUUUCUGACAUCUCUUAUGACCGAGAAGAUGGAGAAUACCCACGUAAUAUGUAUGAAGAAUAUGACGUAGAAAGUAAUUAAUAUUCAGACAAUGACUCAGGCAAUGAAAAUGAGUCAGAGCAUGGUGAAGAAGAGGUAGAUAUAAGAAAAUACAGUUCAAAAAAAGCAGCACACUUUGGCUAUGGGACACGUGGAGGAGAUGAAGAUGUUGAUUUAAAAAAAUACAGCUCAAGGAAAGCUGUUGAAGAUGUUGAUGCAAAAAAAUACAGCUCAAGGAAAGCUGUUAACCAAAAUCAUAGAAAUUCCGAGACGAGUCAUACUUUGGAAAGUGAAGAAGAGUAUAAAAUAAAAAUUCACCCACAGGCAAAAACAAGACAUAGCUUGACUCAAAAACCAAUAAAUAUUGAAAUCCCACCUUCAGAAGAAACUGAAAAAGAACAAAAAAGAGGCACUUGUAAUAGGCUUUGUACAAGAGAAACUUGCUUAAUAUUUUAA